UUGGAGAGCAGCGAACUAGUCACCUCCCACUGGCCACUGCGUUACCGCGCACCAAGUGGAAAGGAUCAAAUAACAGCGAAAGUGCUCCGAAAACCACAAGUCUCGAUAUUCAGAUUCGGUCACCCAACCUGCCACUCCGUUACGGUGGUCAGGAAGGGGAAUCGUCUGGAGAGCAACGCCGAACACUGGUCCGCUCUGUUGCUGUCCUUACGUGAACUGACCGAGUGGGUCAUCAGGAAGGACACCGAGCUGAACGCUCUGGCACCACCGAGAGGAGACCUCAACGCUCUCAUUAAACAACAGGAUGACCACCGUGCCUUCCGUCGUCAGUUGGAGGACAAACGACCCGUGGUUGAGAGUAACCUGCUCUCCGGGAGACAGUACGUGGCCAACGAGCCACCUCUCUCAGACACCAGCGACACAGAACCGAGUCGGGAUUCAGAAGGUGACUCCCGAGGGUAUCGUUCUGCUGAGGAACAGGCUCGGGAGCUGGCCAGGUCCAUCCGUCGAGAGGUCGCCAAGUUAGCUGAUAAAUGGAACUCCCUGGUCGAUAGGAGCGACGCCUGGGGACGAUGUCUAGAUGAUGCUGUACAGCGUGUACGCACAUUCACGACUUCUCUGGACGAGCUAUCAUCUCGCGUCCAAACAGCGGAGGCUGCUCGUGCGUCAUGGCGCGCCCCGGGAGACGCUCGGGACGCGCGCGCUCAGCUAGACGCGGUCUCACGAGCGAGGGCACAGCUGCCUCCCCUCAAGAGACUGGCGGAUGAACUGAGGGCGCAGGCUCAGGCUAUGGCCAGAGAUAAUAUACAGCUGCCCGAACAGUUGAUUACGAAGUUGGAUGAUCUGAACACCAGGGUUUCAGCUCUCAGUGCCGGUGGUGAGGAGCGUGCUCGUCAGCUGGCGGGCGUCGCUCGUGACGGAGGUGCGGGCGCGGCUCAAGGUUUCCUGGCUGGUUCCGUGCGCCCGCCCUGGGAACGAGCGGUCACUCCCGCUAACGUACCGUACUACAUCAAUCACGAGCUCGAGACGACCCACUGGGACCAUCCUAAGAUGAUCGAGCUGAUGAACUCCUUGGCUGACCUCAACGAGGUUCGGUUCUCGGCGUACAGGACCGCUCUCAAACUAAGAACCGUGCAGAAAGCACUUUGCAUGCACAUGUUACAACUGCCGGCCGCCCUGGAGGCGUUCGACUCGCACGGACUGAGAGCUCAGAACGACCGCCUCAUCGACAUACCUGACAUGAUCACUGUACUCACAUCACUAUACGAGGUGAUAGCAGCGGAAAACCCAAGUCUAGUGAAUGUCCCUCUAUGCUUGGACUUAUCUAUCAACUGGCUGCUCAAUGUGUACGAUAGUCAGAGAACGGGACAGAUCAGGGUGCUGAGCUUCAAGGUGGGCUUGGUGCUGCUGUGUAAGGGACAUCUGGAAGAAAAAUACAGGUAUCUGUUCCGUUUGAUCGCUGAUCCGUCUUGUCGCGCUGACCAAAGAAAACUAGGACUAUUAUUACAUGACUGUAUACAGAUACCUAGACAGUUGGGUGAGGUGGCCGCGUUCGGUGGAUCCAACAUAGAGCCUUCAGUCCGGAGCUGCUUUGAACAAGCCUCCGUUAGGGAUAACAACAAGGGUACUCUAGACAGGAAGUCGAUCGACAAAGACAAGGAGAAAGAGAAAGAGAAGGAAAAUCAAAAGGAUGAGGAGGAAAGAGAUGCAGAAGGUCAGCUUCAACACAUCGAGGCAUUCCACUUCCUCCAGUGGCUACAGCGCGAGCCUCAGUCCAUGGUGUGGCUGCCCGUGCUACAGCGACUGGCGGCCGCCGAGCCCGCCAGACACCAGGCCAAGUGUAACAUCUGCAAGGACUAUCCUAUAGUGGGCUUCCGAUAUCGCUGCCUGAAGUGUUUCAACUUCGACAUGUGUCAGAAGUGUUUCUUCAACGGCCGCAAAGCAAAGAACCACAAGUUGACUCACCCCAUGCAGGAGUACUGUACAGCUACUACCUCCGGUGAGGAUGUCCGCGACUUCACCCGCGCCCUCCGCAACAAGUUCAAGUCCGCGCGCUACUUCAAGAAACAUCCGCGAGUGGGCUACCUGCCCGUACAGACUGUGCUAGAAGGUGACGCCCUCGAGUCCCCCGCCCCGUCCCCGCAGCACGGCAGCAGCGCGGACGACAUGCACUCACGACUGGAACUGUACGCGACACGACUGGCGCAGGUGGAGCUGGGAGCGAGACCCGCUGACACGCCUGAUAGUGACGAGGAGCACGCGCUGAUCGCCCAGUACUGCCUGUCGCUGAGCGGGUCGGACGCGCCUCGCUCCCCGGAACACGUGGUGUCCGGGAUACAGCGGGAACAGAGGCAUGAACUGGAGGCUAUGAUACGAGAGCUGGAGGAAGAGAACGCCAGCUUACAGGCGGAGUACGAGCGACUGAAGGCGAAACAGACACCGGGGAGCACGCCCGAGGAACUCACGGACAACAGGAACGCGCCCGUCGACCAGGACAUGAUGGCGGAGGCUCGCCUGCUGAGACAGCACAAGGGCCGGCUGGAGGCGCGCAUGCACAUACUGGAGGAACACAACCGACAGCUGGAGGCGCAGCUACAGAGACUACGGAGACUACUGGACGAGCCUGGCUGCCAGUCGUCCCCAGGCGGGCAGGGCUCCCCAGGCGCGCGCGUGUCGUCGGGCACGCUCCAGACCCGCUCGGUGACCGCGUCCCAGCUGGCCACCGACUCGCCCGCCAAGCUCACCAACGGCCUCUACACGGACACCAAUGGCGGCCGUGACCGCGAGCGUGAGUUGGAGCGCCCCCCUCCCCCGCCGCACGCCGUGCACUCCCUCAUGCACUGCGCAGAUGAUCUCGGGAAGGCUGUGGAGGAGCUGGUGUCGGUGAUGACGGAGGACGGUCACCAGACACCCGACGUGAACCUGCCUCCUCAAUACACCAACGGGAAACCGGAAGAGAAAGACAAAGAUAACUAA